ACUGGUCGACACCACUUGUUUAUAUCAUUUUUUAACUAAGCCAGUUGGAUGGACAGCCCCCUUGACCAGACCUCUCCCCUAUAGCUGUAUAUAUAUAUAGUCCCACCGCACUAGACCAAGCCACUCAUCGUCUCAACAAAAUUCAGAUUAAAAACCUCUAUUGCUAAAAUUGAAUAUACAUAACUAAAAGAUGGGUUGCUGGUCUGCUGAGAAUGCUACAAAUGCCUACCUCAAAACCUUGAGAAUGGGCCAAAAGGCAAAAGAGCCAGAUGUAGCUGAGUUCAUCUCAGCAUUAGCAGCAGGCAAUAACGCACAGCUAAUGGUUGUGGCAUGUGCCAGUUCCGCCACUUCCACCGUGCUAGCCUUAGUGGCUGCAGCUCAUCAAACGGGUGGUCGUGUCAUUUGCAUUCUUCGUGAUCACAGAGAACUGCAAAUAUCUAGACAUGUCCUGGGCUUGGAGGCCUGUCACAUUGAAUUUGUUGUUGGAGAAGCUCAAAAUCUUCUAUUAACAAACUACAGUGAAGCAGAUUUUGUGCUUAUUGAUUGUAAUCUGGAGAACCAUGAACGGAUUCUCGGAGAAGUUAAAGCUAGCAGGAAGAAAAACGAAGCAAUUGUUGUGGGGUAUAAUGCAUUUACCAAAGGAUCAUGGUGGUCCACUGGGUCAAAAACCCAGCUGUUGCCUAUAGGAGAAGGGUUGUUAGUAACUAGAAUACCCGCAAGUGCAAAGAUUGGAAAGAGAAGCAGCCACUGGGUUGUUAAGGUAGAUAAGUGCACGGGUGAAGAGCACGUCUUCAGAGUCAGAUUCCCACAAGGGAAACAAAUUAAAGCUUGAACUGUCUUUUACAAAUCCCUCGGCUGCAUAGGAGUAAAAGUUCUUGAAAUGUUCCUUUCAUUUUCUCCAUUUUCCUGCAGGCCACCCAAUGGAAGUAUGAGGUUCUAGCUCUAAUUUAGAGUAUUAUAUGAGUUAGUUCAUUAAAAAAGUCUUACAUGUAGAUGUAAAUAGCCAAUUAUAUACCUCCAGUACCCUUAAUCAACGGGUUAAUUUAUUUUAAUGAUCUGAAUAUAUGCGUACGUGUGAACGUUAAUUUACUU